UUAAUAUUUUGUUGGGCACGGAAGCCAUGCAUUAUGCUUUACAGAUGAUGGAAUAUGCAGCACCGGAUCAAUAUGUCCAUAAACGGUGGGGAAAAGUCCACUUUUAUCUGAUCACGCUCCCCUCCUCCUCUCCUCCUCUCCUCCUGAGUGGCUGCAGUGAGCUCCGGCCGUGACGUAGACCAGUGACGUAGGCUCGCCCUCCAUCACCAGCCGAGCCCACUGACAGAAAACACCAUCUACAAACCAAGCGAGUACUCACGAUCUACGGAAAUAUGUAGUUAGCUCGCACAGUUCAGCACAUUUCGACAACAGGAGAUCAAGUGGAGUAGCGCUGUUAACAUGGGUGGCCGUGAUGAUGAAGACAUGCCAUAUGUUGUGAACAAACAAAAACAAGACGAAGAGCUGAAGAACAAGCUGAAUGACAGCAGCCACUGGUGUGAGCAGGAGUCCACUGGCAACAAUGCCAAGUGGGUCAAAGAGGGCCAGAACCAGCUGCGGAAAGUAGCUGAGAACCAGCAGGACCAGGACCACAACUGCAACAUCAGUCAGAAUGGGAACAAGGAGGACUUCCCUCUCCAGAACACCACUCAGGAAGAACAACAGGGAACCCAGGAGCAGAACAAGUCUCCAAAGAUAGCAAUGACCCCUGGUCUCAGUCAGGAGGAGUCCAAGAACAUCCUCAAUCAGCCACUACUCAUCGAUACUCUGGAGUCCACAGAAGAGAAGGAGAGAGAAGAAGAUGUUAAAGAGAAGGACAAGACAUCCGAGGAAGAGGAAGAGACAUCAGGUGAUAUCGGGGAAGAGCCGGUGACAGAAGAACCCAUUGAUGGGGAGUCUCAGAGAGAGGGCGGUGUUGUUGGGAGAAAUGCCUGCCUCCUGUUCUCCAACAUGAAUGGGACACCAAAUGAGGAGGAACCCAGCUGGCCUGCACUGUCUCAGGACAACCCGGCUGACAGCUCUCCUAAUGGCAACAGAGAGUCCUUUUGGGAUUCCAGUGCCUUUGAGACUGACACGGACCUGCCUUCAGGAUGGAUGAGGGUUCGCGAUACAUCAGGCACAUACUACUGGCACAUCCCCACAGGCACCACCCAGUGGGAGCCUCCUUCACCCCUGGGUAAAGUUGGCGACUCCAUGAUGUCUUCGACUAUGUCCCUGGAGACUACGCCCUGUGAGGAGACCGAGGAAUCCUGGGCUCAUCUUUCCAGCACAGAUGAAGGAGUCGGUGAAGGGGAACUUUGGAAUGAGGAGGCUGAAGUUGCAUCUGAUCAAAGUCUGAAGGAGUUUGAAGGGGCAACUCUACGCUAUGCAUCCAUAAACCUGAAUUACAAUUGCUCCCAGUCUGAGGAAGAGGAGAAGCUUGCUCCUCUCUGCACAGAUUUAGAAACUAAGUGUUUUGCAGUGCGUUCCCUGGGCUGGGUAGAGAUGUCUGAGGAGGACAUGGUACCCGGCAAGAGCAGUGUUGCCGUCAACAACUGCAUCAGGCAGCUUUCUUAUCACAAACACAACCUUCAUGACACUGCCGGAAUCUGGGGAGAGGGUAAGGACAUGCUGAUGGUUUUGGAGAAUGACACCAUGAACUUGAUCGACCCACUGGGUCAGACUCUGCUCCAUGCUCAGCCCAUUGGCAGCAUCCGUGUGUGGGGUGUUGGCAGAGACAAUGGCAGGGAUUUUGCCUAUGUGGCUCGAGACAACCUGACUCAAGUUCUGAAGUGUCAUGUUUUCCGCUGUGACUCACCUGCCAAGAACAUAGCCACCAGCCUACAUGAGAUGUGUUCAAAGAUAAUGAUGGAGAGAAAGGCGAGCAGGCCAGGGGUGAGCAGGCUCAGCUCUGACCCCAAUAACCCUGUGGUCAUCCCUAUCGAAGAGUUUCCUGUUCCGAAAAAUGAACUCUUCCAGCGCUUCCAAGUUUAUUACCUUGGUUGUGAGGCUGUGGCUAAGCCAGUUGGUAUGGAUGUAAUCAACGACACACUCGCGGCAGCAGUUAACAGCAAAGAUAGAAGUGACUGGACUCCUGUCUCAGUGAAUAUCGCACCAGCCACCCUCACAAUACUUUCAAAACAGAGUGAGGAGGUGCUGUCAGAGUGCAGGGUGCGUUUCCUGUCUUUCAUGGGUGUGGGAAAGGACGUCCACACUUUUGCUUUCAUCAUGGCAGAGGGUCCCCAAGAUUACACCUGUCACAUGUUUUGGUGUGAACCCAACGCAGCUAGUCUGAGUGAGGCUGUACAGGCCGCCUGCAUGCUUCGUUAUCAGAAAUGUCUGGAUGCACGUCCGCCCAGCCUGGCCUCCUGUCUGCCGACUCCUCCUGCUGACUCUGUGGCUCGACGGGUCAAGAAGGGGGUGCAGAGUCUGCUGGGCAGCUUUAAGAGCUACAGGUCAGGCUCUCAAUCCCCUUGAGUCGGAGUGAGGAUGGUCCGCAGUCCAUUAAACACAAGGUCCAUCACCACAUCGCCCCUUCCCCCUCCCCUCAUCUUUCUGCCACAGUUUCGCCUUACGACCGUUUCACUUGUCUAGUCACUAGUCUAGUGUGUGGAGUAGUUUGUGAGGAAAACGUGUGUGAAAAGAUUGCAUUUAUUUCCUAUUUUGGCUUUUUACUUUAUACACCAGUUUUAAACUCCCAUCUCCAAACAGAUGAAGCCCUGGCAUCUAUAUUUUCUUUGCUGGGAUUCUUUCUGCGACUCUUAACUAUUUUUGUGUUUUAACAGAAACAAUUCUAUGAAUGUUGGACAUGGAUGUAAUAUAUAUUUACAUGCAGAUGCUAGUUUUUGCUUUAAAAAAAAGAGGUUGCUAGAUUCUCUCACAGAAAUAAUCUCGUUCCUUUUUCCUCCUCGGUGCAAUUAUCAUCUCUAACAAUCCUCCUUUUCUACUUUCAAACAAGGUACUGCAACACAGCUGUUGUCAGUUGGUGUCAAGUAUCCCAAUAUUGAUUUUGUAAAACAUCAUUGCACCAAUCUCCUCACCACCUUAGAUUGUAACACAAGUGGAGUAGUGUACCACGUAGUUCUAUUCCCCAGACCCUCCUGAACCACGUAUUUUAGUCUUCCAAAGAGCUGUAUGGUCAUCUGUCACGUAGUGAGCAACCACUGAUUUGAGUGUAGUGUUUCUCAUACAUUCUGCAUGAACAUUUGCAAGUUCAGUGCUAGUGUGCAAUAAUCAGAUGUUCCUGUAUGGUGUGGUGAUGCGAUGGCUGCCUUGUGAUUUAUUUGUUCACUUUAAAGAGAGAGUCUGGCUAGAUUGGAUGCGAGGCUAAUGGAACAACAGAGCCAUGUGGAAAAUCAUUAUCUUGUGAUAGAAAUAAUUGUAAUAAAAAAUACAAACUCUGGGUUUUCACACAGCCGUUUAUCACCAACAACUACUGAAUAGUACUGUAGAAACUCACCACAAGCUGCAUGCUUUGAUAGCUUAGAGUUCUUGCUGCUUGCAGCAGCGUAGUGCUUAAGGCCCAUCAAUGUAUCCUGUAAAUUCUUUCUGUGUUUCUGUAUGGUAAGAGGAGGCCGGAGUUGAUGUGUUGUUUCGUGUUUCAUAGGCAUGUCACUCUAGUUAGUGUCAGUGUUUAUCAUAAGCUAGCAGUAGAACGUUAGACUUCCUGUGUUCCUUCAGACUGAAAAGAUGAGAGCAGGUUAAUGUUUGUAUUUACAGUUUGUGUAUGUGGGAAACCUAGAGAUGAUGUCUCCAGUGGUUUACAUUUUUACUUUUACCUUGGCCACAUUUUGACAUGUGUGGGCCCUGGCCACUCCAGUUAAUGUAUUUUUUAUUGUUUCCGCACAUUACAAUGUACACAAUUAAGAUGAUAUUCACGGUAGUUCGUUAGAUUUACUUUUUAUAAAGAAAACACUAAUUAGCCAAGUUGUAUUUUAUCUUUGUGUGUCUGUCAGUGAUAAAUACUGUAUGUAGCACAAUAGUAAUAGUCAUCUCUAAGGUUAAAGAUGCAGUUUGUAAGAUUUUUUUGGUAACGUUGACCUCUGCAGGGCAUUUGUUUGGCCACGUUGAGACAUUGGUAGCUUCUUACUAGAUAUCCUCAGGCUAACUGAUUCCACUACACAAGAGAUAAAAAUAAGACAAACCCACAUCAUUCAAAUAAAUUACUACAAAUAUUGUGAAAAUGAAUGUAUAGACCUGCAUUACAAAUACAACUUUGUAUUUAAAAGACUGAAAUGCAUCAAUGAAACAGUGGUUUCUUAAUGAUAACAUUGUGUCCAAUAUAUCAUGCUGAUGGUAAAAAGUGAGAGUUUGUGUCAGUCUAACUGGUCUAAUGAUACAUCUAUGGCCAUUUGCAAGCCAUUUUUAGAUCAUUUUGAUUAAGUGUCAUUUACCUGCUACCAACGUUGAACUGUACACAACUUUUAAACUUUCUAGAUAUUUUUUUUUUUUUUUUUCAAAAAAACACUCAUAUUUUUUACAUUUAAGAUAAUUUGAAAUCAGAAGUUUCCUUAAAGAGCUCUGUACCGUACGAGUCAUUCCAUAUUUGAAACAUAUGGGUUGCAAAUAAAUCCCCCCCCGGGCUAUAAAGCUGUCAUGCAGUCUGCACUGUUGACUGACCUUAUUGUUCCUGCGUGUCAACCAAUUUUGAAAGCAAUACAAUGCUUUGUGAUGACUGGCCUUCCUAAAAAAAAAACUUCAUUCAUAGAUUCCUAUAGUUGUUUUUAACAUUUUAGAAGUUAUCACUAACACUAAAACUCUUACCAACUGCUUCUUUAUAUGUGUAAAAUAUAACACUAAAGAAAAUUAGUCUACAUUGACUCAUAUUACUGCCAUGUCAUGUGUCACUUGGAGUUAUGUUGCUGUUUCAGAGUAACAGUAAAGCCUGAUGAGUUAAAGAACAUUAGCAGAUUAAUUUAUUUCUGUUCAUGUAAAUUAGGUGUAUAAAAUGUAUGUAUAUAAAAGUCACUGCACAAUAAAUG